ACUAGGAAGGGGCUGCACAAGUUUUGCGCUUGUUAAAGUGUCUGCAAGCAACAACAAUUUUCACAUUCAAAUUGGUAUUGUAUUUGCAAGUUAAACCCCAGUCCAGCGUUUCGGGAUGAUUUUCAUGGUUGUCCUGCCUGCAUUGCUUGGCGCCUUUGCGCACCUGGACACUUUUACGCACGGCUGCCAGCUCCCAUCUGAGUGGCGCCCACUGAGCGAAGGAUGCCGCGCAGAGCUGGCGGAGAUAAUCGUGUACGCCCGGGUUCUGGCAAUCCACCGGGAGCCCCUGGCUGGUAGAGGGGUGGGCAGCCUCUACAACUCGCUGCCCUUCGGAUUCGGAUACGGCUACGAGGGCGCGGAGGAAGGGCUACUAUACUCCGCGGAGGUGGAGCUGUUGUGCGAUCAAGCCUGGGGGAGCAUGCUGGAGGUACCCGCCGGGUCCCGACUUAAUUUCACUGGACUGGGCUACCUCUCCUGUCAGUCUCAUACAGUGAUGGAGAACUAUUCCUACUUCUUUUUCCUCAGGAUGGAUGAGAACUACAACAUCCUCCCCCACGGUGUCAACUUCCAAGACGCCAUCUUCCCCGACACGGCGGAGAACAGGCGCACCUUCUCCAGCCUCUUCCAGUUCUCCAACUGCACCCAGGGGAGCCAGCCGUUCCACACCUUCAGUCCCGAGUGGGACACCCUGGAGGACAGCAGGCUGCUGUGUUCCUCCGUGCAGGCGGCGCUGUUUGAGGAAGAGGAGCGAGGCCGCAAGAUACAGGAGCGCCUGGUCGCUGCGGAGAGGAGGAACAAGCAGCUGAAGGAGCGCGUUCGCAAGGUAAAACGCUCCCUGAGGAACGCCCGCAGGGCGGCUCGCAAGGCCGAGCAAGAGGCGCAGGAGCUGCUGGUGAAGCUCAAGGCUGUCGAGCGCCAAGCAGGCCAUCACCUCAACACCAUCACACAGGAAGAACCUCCACCAGGGCGCUAUGCCAGCACGGCCAUGCGCCAGAGCAUGCAACUGUGAUGAAUCACAUUAGAACCUGCUUGCCUAAAUGGGCUAUUUGUAAUGACAGACUGCUGGGCAGUCUUAUGGACAAAUCCUCAUAUGACUUUAAAACUAAUCAUGGCCAAGGAGCUUCUGUAAAUAAACUGUACUCUUCCUGUGUAACCAUGAUUGCUAUAACACACAACUGGUUUCACUCCAGGUUAUAUGGGUUAUGAUAACAGAAACAGGUUUCCUGGAAGAGAAUCAAAGCAUUUUUACGUGCCUCUUGCGGGAAGAUCAAGUUGCAUCUUCAGGUCAUCUUGGAAUGCCAUUGAAAUUCAGCGUUGAUAAGUUCUGUGGAAAGAAGCAAAGAAGCAAGAUGAUGGAGUCACUUUUUAUUUACAAGCGGCUUCUAUCAUUUGAUGAAGUCGUAACAGUCAAAUCAUUUUUUGUUGACCAAAUGUUUUGAUAUCAUUUCCGAUCUACUUUACAUCCAAUGUCAUUUAUUACUUAAAACCAAAUCAAUCAGUUUGCGAGGAUCAAUCGAACUGAAAUGUAUUAUGUGAUGUCAUUUUUUAUUGGGAAAAAAACACUAGACUUUUUCAAUGAUAAAAUUGUAUUUAGAUCAAAAACAGUGUGGUUGUGACAUAUUUUUCAAGGCCUAUAGUACUUGUAUUUUUCAACAAUUUUCCCUCAAUCAUGUAUUGGAAUUGUGUUGUCUGAAAUCUAGCCUUGACACGGGAAUUGAGACAGUCUAAGUGCUUUUAAUAAGUUUUGUGUGUCUGUAGCUUUAAUGCUAAUGAGCAGUGUUUGUCAACACAGGGUGUGUCUCCAAGAAGCACUAUCCAGUCGUCCCUCGCAAUAUCAUGGUUCGAUUAUCGCUCCCUCGCUAUAUUGGGGUUUUCCAGUAAUUCAGUAAUUAAUUAAUGAUUACGGUUUCGUGCUAAACUAUGGGCUAUUCUUAGUCAAAACACAUUGAAAUACAAGUGAUAUAUAGUAUUCUGGUCACAAGGCGGCAGUAAUGACAAAACAUGAAUCAGACAUCACCUUCCAUUACAUUACCUUAACACUGCAUGAUGUCAUGAAGUCAGCUCGCGGCCUUCUCGAGUCCCUGCAGCAGCAAGAGUUGCGCAAUGUGUUGUAAACAAUGAAUAAUAGGAGUGUAAAGGUGACUAUAGGCGUGUUAUUUCAUGUCUACAGGGCUCUCAUAAUGCUAAAAAACGCAUUUAGAAAGUAGAAAGUACGAAGGUAUUCCAUUUAUUAACAUUGAAUCCUAUUUAUCGCAGUCAGGUAUGGCAGGGGUCCCCAACCACCGGGCCGAGGACCAGUAUCGGUCCGUGAGCGAGGCUGAACUGGGCUGAGGAAACCUUUCAGGCGCAAUGAUAAAAAAAAUACACACUCAAAAAAAAAAAAUUUGUAAAUAACUCAAUACAAUUUAAAGUAAAUGCAUAUCAAUUUUGGAAAUAUGGGCCAUUAUUUUAUUUAAAAAAAUAUAUAGUUUUUAAAAUAGUUUUACAAUUAUAGUUUUACAUGCAGAAAACAAUUAUAAAUGCA